AUGCAGUUGACUGUACUGACGCUUGCCUUCGCUGUCGGCGGGCUGGCACAGGUCACCGAUAGCCAAAUACCAUUUCCAAAUGUCACAUAUCCCGAUGCUAUAUCGCCCAAUCCCAAUGCCGUCCUUGGUGCCCAGACUAAUCAGACGUCUCCACCGAAAUAUCCUAGCCCUUGGGGUUCGGGAUCAGGAGAAUGGGCAGAGGCAUACAGGAAAGCCAUUACAAUUGUUGAAAAAUUGACUCUAGAGGAGAAAGUAAACCUGACCACUGGAUCUGGCUGGCAGCAAGAACAGUGUGUUGGUCAGACUGGCGGUGUACCCCGUCUCGGUAUCCGCGGCCAGUGUCUUCAAGACUCACCUGUUGGUGUGAGGUACACUGAUUUUGUCAGUCUGUUCCCCGCUGGCAUCAAUGUCGGUGCCACUUGGGACAGGCGUCUGGCAUAUGAGAGAGGUAAAGCCAUGGGUUUCGAGAACCGCGACAAGGGCAUAACGGUUCUGCUUGGUCCAAACGCUGGAGCUCUAGGAAGAUCGCCUGCAAGCGGCCGCAACUGGGAAGGUUUCAGUCCUGACCCUUAUCUCACUGGAAAGUUGUUUGCCGACUCCAUCCGCGGUAUUCAGAGUACAGGUGUUCAGGCAUGCGCCAAACACUACGUUGGAAACGAACAAGAACACUUCCGACAGACUCCUGAAUCUCGAGACUAUGGUUUCAACAUCACUCAACCUGGAUCUUCCAACAUUGAUGAUCAAACACUUCACGAACUUUAUGUCUGGCCCUUUGCGGAUGCUGUCAAAGCUGGAGUAGCAUCAGUGAUGUGCAGCUACAACCUCGUCAACAACAGCCAGGCCUGUCAAAACAGUUAUCUGCUGAACCAUGUACUCAAAUCCGAACUCGGCUUCCAAGGAUAUGUUAUGAGUGACUGGCAAGCCACUGCAGCUGGUGUGCCAGCUAUCCUUGCUGGUCUCGAUAUGACCAUGGCUGGCGAUAUCCGUUUCGGCGAUGGUCUGAGCUAUUUCGGUCCCAAUCUCACAAUCGCUGUCUUGAAUGGUACCGUACCACAGUGGCGCCUUGACGAUAUGGUUACCAGAAUCCUGGCUGGAUGGUAUCUUGUUGGAGGUGAUGCUGAAGUACCUGACCCAAACUUUCAAUCUUGGACUCCUGACACUUUCGGUGCCGUCCACGCACACGUUGGCUCAUCUUGGGGUACAGGUCUUGUCAAUCAACAUGUUGAUGUUCGUCGUGAGCAUGGAAGACUGAUUCGCGAGAUUGGUGCUGCAUCCACUGUGCUUCUGAAGAACACCCACGAUGCACUGCCUCUUGACGGUACAGCCAGGUUGACAGCAGUGUUUGGCGAAGAUGCAGGAUCUAAUCCCAACGGCCCUAAUGGUUGCCGCAAUCACGCAUGCGACGUGGGAACACUCGCUGUCGGUUGGGGCAGUGGACAAGCUAGUUCACCAUAUCUCAUCUCACCGGAUGCGGCCAUUCAGCACGAAGUCGUGUCACGCUUUGGAUCUUACGAGUCCAUCACCAACAAUUCUGCUUUUACGCAGAUCAAUGCCUUGGCUCGUCGUGUCAGAGAUGUUGCUGGAGUCUGUAUCGUCUUUGCCAAUGCAGACUCUGGAGAAGGAUUCGCUAAUGUUGAUGGAAACUAUGGUGACCGUAACAACUUGACCUUAUGGCAAGGUGCUGAUGCAGUCAUUGCGAAUGUGUCUGCUACCUGUAACAAUACAGUAGUUGUCAUCCACUCAGUUGGUGCGGUCGAGAUCGAUCAGUACAAGGAAAACCCUAACAUCACUGCCAUCCUCUGGGCAGGACUUCCUGGCGAACAAUCCGGCUAUGCAAUUGCCGAUGUUCUGUUUGGCCGCGUAAAUCCUGGAGCAAAGCUACCUUUCACCAUGGGCCGCAACCGAUCAGACUACGGAGCCGACGUCCUCUACCUGCCAAAUCAAGAAGUACCGCAAUACAACUUCCAAGAAGGUGUUUUCAUCGAUCACCGAGGAUUCGAUCACCGCAACGUUACUCCAGUCUACGAGUUUGGCUUCGGUUUGAGCUAUACGACAUUCAAUUACUCUAGUCUCACAGUGGAGAAGCUCGAUGUUGCAGACUACAAGCCAACAGCUGGAACUUCUGGACCAGCACCUACCUAUGGCACGAUCGACAACGAUACUUCCGCUCAUACGUUCCCCAAAAACAUCACUCGGAUUCCUCUAUAUGUAUACCCUUGGCUCAACAGCACAAAUCUAUCUGAAGCCUAUGGAGCAGCUAAUUUUGGGGAUAACUCAUUCAUCCCGGAGGAUGCGCUCAAUGGCUCUAGCUUCGAGCAUCCUCCUCCUUCUGGACCCAACGGAGGCAAUCAAGGUCUCUGGGAUAUCCUAUAUCAUAUAAGAGUGAACGUAACAAAUACUGGACACAUUAUCGGCGACGAGGUACCCCAAUUGUACAUCUCCUUAGGCGGACCUUAUGAUCCCAAGAUCGUACUCAGAGGAUUUGAACGUGUGAGGAUCGAUCCUGGCAAGACUCUGCAAGUCACGUUCCCGCUCGCUCGUAGGGACAUCUCGAAUUGGGAUACUGAUUUGCAGGAUUGGGUUGUUAGCCAGCAUGUCAAGACGGUGUAUGUUGGAUCUUCGUCUAGGGAUUUGCCAUUGAGUGUAGUUCUGGAGUAG